AUGACUACCGACCCCCCCAACUACACCAUCUUCGAUGCACUCCUUGACUGGGGCUCCACAAACGCGCACCAAAUCCACGAAGCGCACCUGUCCAAAGGCGGCUGGGAAGGCUGGGCGCAAGAAGAGAUGCGGUUUCUCUUCAACGCCGGCCGCGAAGACAACUGCUACCAGAACAACGCACGCCAAGCGGCCGACAUCGUGCUGACGCCGUACACAUCGGGCGCGGCAGCCUUCGCCCAGCCAUACGUCGACGAGGAAUGCGUGGUGAUCGAGCUGAAAUGCGAGAGCUAUUGGAACGCACAGAAGUUCCGGGGUGAGGUCAGAAAGGAUAUGCAGAAAGUGAAUAGCGGGGUUUUCAAGGGGCCGUUGUUGCGGGGCGGUUGUAAUGUUUAUUGUGUUGCGUUGGCGAUGACGGAUGAGGGCGCGUAUGAGAUGGAGAGCCUGGGGUUAGAGUUGUUUGAGGGGGGGUCUGGUGCUGCGCCAUUUCAGGUUUGGUGGUGUAUGCGGCGGUUUGAGCCGGAGUAUGAUAGUGAGGAUGAGGAUGAAGAAGAUGAUGAAGAGGAUGAUGGGGAUGGUGAGGACGAUGAUGAGAUGCAGGAGGAUGAGGUGGACUUUGAUGUGGAGGAAGCUUCAUCUGAUGAAGAUGGAUAUCAGAAUGCAUAUGGGAAUGGAUACCAUGACGGGCACAACGGAGGCUGGGAUUAUAAUUAUUCAUAG